UGAGUGAUCUGAGAUUCAGCAUUUGAACGCAGCAUCAGGAGGAUGGGCGGUAGCUCCUUCGCUUGGGUACCGCCCACUGAAGAGCUGCAGAGAGCAGAGCACACAGUGCCGCCAGGUGCGGUGUCUUUUUACCUCUCAACAUUGCGGCCCGUUGAGUGUCGACUACGAAAAACCGUUAAAAAUUGAAACUUUUAAAGCUCAGCAGCCAUGGCGGCUGAAACCAACAAAGUCGAGCCUGCAGACAGCGAACAAGAUGAAGAAGAAGAUGUAUACGAAGUGGAAAGGAUCAUAGACAUGCGAGUGGAAGAGGGCGAAGUGCUUUAUAGAGUUCGUUGGAAGAAUUACUGCUCUGACGACGACACCUGGGAACCUGAGGCUCACCUGGAAGAUUGUCGGGAGGUCCUCCUGACUUUCAAGAAGCAUUUAACUGAAGCUAAAGCCAAGAAGGAAUCAGAGGCGAAGAAGAGUGUGAAACCACUGCCGCCAAAAAGCGACUUGUUUGAUGCAGACUCCGAGAGUGAGAGUGACAAAGACCGUCCCACUGAGGCGCCCAUCAAGAAGAAGAAGAAAAAGAAGAAGGUUCAAGAUGAGGAGGACGAAGAAAACCUGCUAAAGGAGAAAAAGAAGAAGAAAAAAGACAAACGUAGAGAGGAACUUAAACCCCUUCCAGCACCAGACACAGACGAUGAAGAGGAGAGCGUGCCGACCCCUUCCUCUUUAACUAAAGAGAAAAAGACUGUUUUAAAGAAGCGUUUUGCAGACUCUGACGAUGAGGAGGAGUCUCUUCCCUUAAAAAAGCACAGGAAGGACAAAGAAAGGGGCGAAGGAAAGCAAAAGAAGGAGAAAUUAGAGGAAGGCAAGAAAAAGAAGGGAAAGAAGGAAAGAAAAAUUGAAACAUCUGAAGAUGAAAUCACUGCUCCAUUAGCAGACGAUCUUAGUGAAGGUCCUUCAGAAUCCCAACUAGAGGACCCAGCGUCAACAAAAGUAUUAGAAAAGGCCGCUGCAGAGGAGAAGUCCAAACAAAAGAAGGGUAAGUGGGAAGUUAAGCUACAAGGAAUCAAAGACUUUGUUCAAGAUAGGAAGACUAAAAAGCCAGAUAGCACCCAGAAAGAAGGCAGCCUCCAAAAAUUAAAAAAUCUCACUACUAAAAACAAAGAGGAUAAUGCACCACAAUCAGACUCCAGCGAUGGCCUCACCAUUCAUAAAAAGUCCAAAAGCAAAGGGAGUGAGAGCUCCUCCGUGCAGCAAAAAGUCCCUUCUUCCUCAACGUCCUCCUCAUCGUCGUCGUCCUCGGUCACCGCUGCAGCUACCCCCAAGCCUAAAGAGGAGGAAAUGAGCAAAGAGGACAUGUUGGGGCAGAAGGAUGCCAGUGGCUCAACUAACUUGUUUGAAAAGUUCCUGUUAAACUGUGAGGCAAAGGACCGGGCCCCCCGCAGGCCGCCGCCCACUACAGAGAAGACCAGCAAACCCACAAAGUUAAUAGGAAGAAUUGAGAAGAUUCCCAAAGUAGCCAAAGAGCCUUUUUCUCAGAAACCAGACCCUGAGAAGCUGGAAAGGACCAAGCAGUCAGAGGUUUCAAGACCUGGGCAAAGUCAUGGCUUCAACCUCGACAGCGAUGAGCGGGAUGAAGAACUUACUGGCAAAUCACGGGCUGGGGAUGAUGCCCGGGAGCGGAAAGAUAGGUCAGAGGAACCACAACGUCCAGCCUGGGAGAAGAGAGCCCCAUCUGAUGACAGAAGAAAGAGGACAGAGGACAGCGAGCCCAGACUCUUUAUAGCAUGUGAUGAAACUCAAGACCCAGCAGAAGGCACAGACAAAACGGACAAAAGUCAAGCCACUUUGAGUCUAGGAAUGGAUCUGAACCUGGACUGGAUGACUCUGGAUGACUUCCAGAAGCAUUUGAAUGGAGAAGAUGAGAUCUUAUCAGGUCCACCAUUAUCACCAAGUGAGUUGCGAGAUGCUGUGAAAAGUGGCGACUACAUGGCUGUCAAGUUGGCGCUAAAUUCCAAAGAAGACUACAAUCUUGAGCAAGAGGAUUGUGCUAUUGGUGGGAGGAAGGCUUUUGAAGGAGAGAGGAGCUCGACUGAAGAGCAAGGCUCAAGUGACAUUCUGACGUUUACCUCUAAGCUUCAUUGUCCAAGAAAAGAAGAUGCCGCUUCAGAAGCUAAAGAUAAUGUCUCACAAGAUAUAGAUGUCCCACAAAACGAUUACAGUAUGCCAGGUUGCUCUGAGCAAUUAACAUUAAAGAGCAAUGAAAAACCCCCAACUGGAAGCAAUGAAACUCAAGUAAAACACAAAGCAAAGGAUUUAUCCAGCACACAUGAAAGCCAAGGAGAAAACAAUCAGAAAGCUGUAGAAGAUAAAUCUUUGGAUGUAACAAAAGGUGUUUUAUUAGCCAAUAAAUGUUUGACCAAAGAUGACAAAGAGAUUACAAGAAAAGAAGAUGAUGGACGAGAAGACAUGACACACAAAGAAAUUUCUCCUGGUGUAAACGGUGAAUUAGAUGAAGAAACAGAAGAUGUAAUUAAAGAUAAAUCAUGUGGCACAGACCAGGCAUUUUCUCAAUCAAGCAAAGAAGGAAUUCAAAAACCAUCACUUCGUCCAAGAAAAAUCUUGCAAAAUCAACAGCCAACACGAACAAGUCUAAGGACACGCAAAAAAGUUAUUUAUACAAAGCCUUGCAAAGCAAAAAAAGAAAAAUGCAGAUCGUGGAAAAAACAUGUUUGCCUGUAUUGCAAAAUGGCUUUUAAACAACUUGCAAAGCAUUUAGAACAGAAACAUUCAGAAGAAACAGAUGUUUCCAAUGCAUUACGCUUGCCCAAGGGUUCCAAAGUCAGACAAAAACUGCUUGAUCAAAUUCGGAAUAACGGAAAUUUCGAGCAUAACCAACUUCUCAAAGACGAUAAAGACGAAAUUGUGCCCAAGAUGCAAUCAGAGAAACCUAUAUCAUCAGUGCCUGACUUUCUACCUUGCCAGUUUUGUUUUGCAUUUUAUCGCAAAACCGAUUUAUGGCGCCAUGAACGGUCUUGUAAGGUUCCAAAAGGAGAUCAAAGUCGUUCUGAAAAUUCAAAAACAACCAAUGGAAAAUCAUUUGCUGCAGGACUGCUUCCAGUGGCAGAGUUCUUAACUGAAACAUGCAGAGAAAUUAUUAAUGUCAUGCACCAAGACGAAAUCUCAACACAUAUUAGAACCGAUCCUCUUAUUUGUAAAUAUGGCCAUGCAUUGUCACUAAAAUAUGCCAAUGACAAGUCUCAGUUUUCUUAUAUUGCACAAAAGAUGAGAGAAUUAGGUAGGUUUGUGCUUGCUGUAAACGAACUUGAUAAGAGAGUCAAGUAUUUGCAUGAAGUAUGUCUACCAUCUAAGUUUGAAUUGGCUGUUGAAGGGGUCAAAAAGAUUGGUGGGUUUGACCCCAUUUCCAGUAAGUUCAAAACCAUUUCCCUUGUCACGAAGAUUGGCUACUCUUUAAAACGAGCUGCAGAAAUCGCUUUUGGAGAAAGUCGAAUGGCUGAAGACAGCAAAACUGAAAAUGAAGUGAAGACAUUCAUACAGCUUCUUGAUACAAAAUGGAACGAGUCUUUUUCUCGCAAAGUACUUACACAGUCGAUGAAACAAGAUGUUAAGAAAGUGGAAAUUGAUAAAUCAACUGUUACAGAAGAUUUGGUGAGACUCCACAAAUUUAUUACUGCAGAACAGGAUUCAGCAACCAAGGAGCUGAAAGAAAGUCCCAGCAUGUCAACUUGGAAAAAACUCUGUGAAGCCACUUUAGCAGAUGUGUGUCUCUUCAACAGAGGAAGGGUUGGAAACAUUGGAAGACUCCUCCUUCGGACAUAUGCUCAGAGAAAGACCAAAGGAACAUUUAUGCCCUCUGCAGAUCAAGUAAGAAAAAUCACAGUACUGGAGCAGGCACUUGGUUCCACUUUAACAAGACUUGAACUUGAAGGUCAAUAUGGAAGGAACAUGUUGGUUUUGCUAACGGACAGGAUGGCUUCGUCACUUGAUUUGCUUGUUGAGAAUAGAGAUCAAGCGGGUGUGUCAAAAACAAACCCGUACCUGUUUGCUAGGACCGAGGGUCCAUCCUUCAUUAGAGGAUUAGAUUGUUUCAGAAGGUCUGCCAUGGAGUGUGACGUUAAAAACCCCGAAGCACUACUUUCAUCUUCAUUAAGAGACCAAGUUGCUACCUGCUGGCAGCUUAUGAGCCUGAGGCAGAGCGAAUUAGAUGACAUUUCAAAGAUUGUGGGAAGGAGCGGCCAAGAAUGCCACAUGCUUUCACAAAGUAUAUCCCAGCUAGAGGAACUGAGUAAGCAACUUCUGAAAAUGGAUCGAACACGACCAUCAAGCCAAGCAAAUACUACAAAAGAGGGCACUGGACGGAAACCUCUAAAAAGAAGACCUUGGAGUGAGAAGGAACAGGCUGCUGUAAAACAUUACUUGAGUGAAUUUAUCUCAAGUAUGAAAGUUCCAGGCAAAAAAGAAUGCAAUGCUUGCAUAGCUGCUGAACCAGAUCUUGAAGAAAGGUCUUGGACUGAUGUCAAAAACUACAUACACAACACUCUACAAACGCUACGAAGGAGGAAUAACCAACGAAAGCCUGACAAGACGGAAGACGUUUCUAACCCAAAGAGUCCAAAAGCUACCGUCCAAAACACCAACACAGUUACAGAGGAAACAAGCAUCUUUACUAUGACAACAGUAAAUCCAGACCAACUGAGUGAAAGUCCAAACUGUAUGGCAGUCACAUUGCCUAAUUUAAGAGAGUCACUACCAUUUUCCCAAGACAUAACCUCAUGUUAUUCAUCCAUGUGUUGCACCAACACUGACAUGCUGUAUACAAGUCAGCCAUUGAUGUCAAGCUUCACACCGCUGAAUUCUACUGAUAAUCAAGUGGUCCCUACAUUUACCCCACACAACACCGCUGAUUCCCUAAUGUCUGUUUACACACCAGAGAAUGGUGGAAGUCUGUCAAUGUCUUCUUUAUACACACAGAACACAUCAUGUUUAUUACCCCCUGCUUUGUAUACCCCACAUGACAUUACACAUUCAACAAUGAUUCCUUCUUUUACCACAUUUAAUCACCCAAGUACUUCAAUGGUUCCUACAUACACAGACCUAAAUGCUUCAAGUCUAUCAAUGGCCAUCAAUAGCUUCUCAACUCUAAGUGACAGAAGUACUCCAGUUUUGUCUUCAUUUACAUCUCUAAACCAUUCAAAUACCCCAACGUACCCCACAAACCUACAAAAGAUACAAACGGUUGCACAGAUUGUUCCUUCAAUUCAUCCCCCUUGUGCUUCUGACAAAACACAGGUGGUCCAAGAAAACAAACAUAUGUGCUCCACUGAAAGACAAGUCAACCCAAAUGUCAAGGCUCAAAAGAGGAGCAAAAGGUUGUGGAACGAGGAGGAACAAGCAGCUGUGAAGCGUCAACUUGGAGACUUUAGUAAACUUGUAAAAGUUCCAGGAAAGAAGGAUUGUGAUGCCUGUUUAGCUGCUGAACCUGCCCUGAGCACCAGAACUUGGAGGGAGGUGAAAUAUUUUGUACAUAACUCAAUUCAGUCAUUGAAAAGGAGAGGUCUUGACGUUGCAUCUAAACCAAGUACACCACAAGAACCAGAGACUCAGACACCUACAGACUGGGAUGGCCCUGUAUAUCUCUCCCUGUAAACAUUUAAGUGAAAAUGAACAGAGCCAUACUGGAAAACCAUUAUAGGAUAUUUGCAAAGAUUCAAAAAGCCUGUGGCUUUAGAGGUUCAUGUAAAACACAUUUGUAUUGAUGCAAAGUCACCCUUGGAUUCUCAGUUGAUGCUGGUCUUAGAUAGUUUGAACAUUAUUUUCAGACAGCUAUGCUGUCCUCUAAAUAUACUCAAUUUGAAGUAUUCCAACUUGAAGUCAUUUUUGUACCCUAUUAUUUAUAGUAUUAAUAUAGGCUAUACUAUUAAAGUUGUGACAUGUUUUGUUCUUUAGCUUUUGCUCAAAGCAAUUUUACAUACAAAAGUAUUGGAUACUUUGAAUUCAUUUGACCAUUUCAACCUUACUCCGUAAAGGUAUAUACCGUGUUUUCACGACAAUAGGGCGCACUAGGUUAUAGUGUAGUCUCAGUUAUGGGUUAUUUUUUGUUAUUCUGCACACCAGGUUUUAAGGCGUGGGCACGUUAACACAUACCAGUAAAACAUGCAUGCUAGUGUGUGUUUUAAAAAAAAAAGGCGGCGUGAGAAAAACUGAGUUGGUUCUGAUUUAUUUAUUAUUUUUUCAUUC